GUCACAUGAUCAAAUCGGAGGGAAAAGCUGGCAGCCAUUUGCGUGCCUGUUCUCUAAAAAAAGCGAGUCCAAGUUCACUCUAGUGCACCGGCAGGUUAAAAGAGGAGAGACUGAAGUGAAAGAGACAGGGACUCGAUUCCAUAAAUUGAUCCUGAUUUGUACUGAAGGAUUAGCUGCUAUUUGAAUUCUCGUCUGUAUGUACAUUUUAUUUCAUUAUGGACUGAAAAGCAUUCCUACAUUAUUAAAUGUAGUGAACUGUGAACUAUCUUAUUAAUGAUGUCUUGUUUAUUGGGAUACAACACAGCCGUAGCCAUCCGGGUUACAGUAUUAUAGACUAUUUUAACAGUAUUAUACUUUAACUACAUGUACUUUAACAUGUAAAACUUCAUACACUCGAGUAUCAAAAUUGGCGACAGGUUCAUUGUCUAAUGUUGUGAAAUGUUGGCCUUUGGUUGAAAAGUUUUAUUGUGCAUCUUGUGUUUGAAUUUAUCCGUGUUUCAGUGUUAAUUUUAACUUCUAAGGUUGAUAAACUUUUGGAACUAGCUUUAUUGUUUUCAUAUUUCACAAGAAAUAUACUUGAACGAUAUGAACAAAAAGGUUUUACCAUUAUAAACAGUAACAAAAUGGCAACAGGUUCAUUGUCUUCGGUUCCAAAAUGUUUGCGUAUGGUUGAAGACUUUUCUUGCACAUGUUGUUUAGAGCAGAAUCUUACGGAAUCUGCAGACAUUUAUUGUGAACAAUGUUUAAGGUUUUAUUGUAAAAAAUGUGUUAUCCUGCAUAGUCAGUUGUUUACAAAACAUAUGACAUGUGGAAGGGAGGAUAUUAAGAAAUGGCCAGUUUCUAAGGCGGUGGAAGAUUUUCUCAGGAAGUGUGAGGUGCAUGCGGAUGAAUCACUGACACAGUUUUGCCAUGACCACGGUCAGCUGUGCUGCUCUGCAUGUGUUGGAACAAUUCACAGCCAGUGCAGUAAAGUGACCCAGAUUUCAGAGCUUACCAACUCGCAACCCAUUGGCCUGGAGGGGAUGUCAGUGGAGCUGGAAACUGUCCUGGGGGAAAUUAAAACCCUGCAGAUCAGUCAGAAGGCCAGCAUUCAGUCAUUGCAGAAAACAUACAAGGAACAUAGUGCAGUUAUGAUAGAGCAAAUGCGUGGCAAUUUAAAUACUUAUAUAGAUGAAUGUGAUAAUAGUUCUGUGGGUACAUCAGGCGGAAAUGAGCAAUAUUUAAAAGAAGAGAUGUGUAGGAGUGCUCUCUCUAUCUUGAAUGAAUUUGAUAAUAUUACUGCGAAGGAACUAAACGAGAUGAAAGAUGAAGUUAUAAGUAUUAAAGGGUCAGUUACAAGUUCUAUUCAUAAAUGCACCAGUGUUCACAAUGACUUGUCACAAUUCCAUGAAAUUGUUCAGAAAAUUGGAGAUCAUAAGCAGCUCUGCCUUAUAGCCAGCAUAAAAUGUAAGCAUAUAAUACAGCAGGCACUGACUCUGCUGGGAAAGUCAAGCAAGGUGUUUAAUGUCCAGAGUAUUACUAAGCACAAUGUGAGAAUACCAAGUGAUAAAGGUGUAUGUUAUAUCAGUGGCAUAUGUGUUCUUCCCGAUGGGCAGGUACUGGUUGUAGACUGGAAUAAUCAGAAUGUCAAGCUGCUGAACCAGCAAUACCAGGUGGUGAGUCACUGGGAUGUGAAUGCUGGGCCAUUGGACAUUUGUUUGAUCACACCCAGUGAGGUUGCAGUGGCUGUGAAUACUAGUAACAUACAUGAGGUCCAGUUUAUCACUGUCAACCAGGGAAAGCUUGUUUCUGGCAGGAAGUUUCAGUUACAACAUGAAUGUAGAGGUAUUGGCCAUCACCAAGGAGACCUUUUUGUCACCUCUGGUCAAGAACUGUACAAAUACACGCUGAAUGGCAAACAGCUCUGCAGUCUCUAUGAAGAUAGGUCAUUUAAAUAUACAGUAAACAGGUGUGCUGUGAGUCCCACAGGGGACAGGCUGUACAUCACUAACUGGCACCAUGACAAGCUUCUCACCCUGGCCAGGGAUGGCACACUCCUGGCUACAUACUCAGACCCAGCACUAUAUGGCCCACGUGGUCUACAUGUGACCCCUGCAGGCCAGGUGCUGGUCUGUGGAGAGCUGUCCUCCAAUGUACUACAGGUGGGCUGGGAGGGAGAGAGUAAGCUGGCUACGCUGGCUACUCAGAAGGAUGGAGUGAGGAGCCCACGGUCAGUCUGCUACAGCAGCACCACAUCAUCAAUCAUUGUGGGACAGAGGUGGGACGACACCAUCCUGGUGUUCAGAGUGGAAUAGUGUGUACAUUCGCUGCUGAGUCAGGACAAGGAUGCUGAGGAUGUGGUGGACAAGGAUGACCUGAAUACACAGAAGGAGAGCCCCGGUUUUGAUAUUGAGUUGGUACGGCAACAGCACCAGUCGGGCCCGCACAAGCCUCAAGUCAAGCACGACCCCUCCCCUGACCCCUAGCUUCUCCCAUUUGACUUCCAGCUUCAAAGGGUCAGCAUCGUUGAACAAAUUCCUCCUAUAAAAAAUUUUGAGCACAAAGAGUUUUCACACAUGGUUCUCAUCAACCACAAUUUUCGUGUCGAGUGAUCCGCACUUGAGUCUGUUUGGUUUGUUAGACCCGAGUGCCAGAGAUGGGACAACCGUUACUGACACAAGGACUUAUUGCAGCAGUUAUGGCAACAUGUACAGUCAGUUCUCAAUGUUGGACUUCACAACUAAUAUCACGAUAAAUACAAAGUUGGAUAACUCGUUCCAUUCUUUUUGGGACAAACAAUACAACGGAAAGUAACAAGAGAAAAUCAAGGAAUAUUUGUAGAGUUUUUGUCGGAAGCGUAUGCUUACCACUGGCAUACUCCUGGACAGUCGUAACUUUACGGACAGUCCCGGUUUGUCCUCACAGGUGUCCAAACUGUCCAAAGAAACGCACUUUUGACGCAGUUGCUAACUUAGAAAGGCAGCACCUACUUUGUUGUGAACACUCAGAGCAUCCAUGGCCAUGCCUCAGGCGGGAAGUUCGACCAACAGCUGAAACAAGAUGCUAAAGGUGAACCCAUCAGGGUUUGUAACUUCCCACUCCAAUCCUUAACAGCCUGGCAUUGAGUCGGCGCUUGAGAAGGCGUUGAAAAAUGACAGCAGUUUUGUUUUGUGGUCCAGUAUGCCCUUUGGCUCUCAACCUGAUGUUAGGUAGAACUCAAACUGGGCCCUUAGCAAUAUCAGCGAGGCUAGAAUGUCAUCUCUGCAUUUUGAGCUUCAGAAAACAUUAAAAGCAAACAAGACAAACAUCAUGAAUGUUUAGGCAAUCCCAAUCCACUUAUACUACAACUCGCUCAGGAAAUUCAGCACGCCACCUUUUAACAUCUUCUCACAAGGCGCUAAAUCAACACUUCCAACAGCUGAGCCUUGGACAGCACCACCAUUGAUAUCGAGUUGGCCCAGCAACAGCACCAGUCCGGCCUGCAGGAGCCCCAGUCCAGGACGACCCAUCCACUCCCCUGACCCUUAACUCAUCAUACUUGAUAUCCGGAAAAAUGGGGCCUUAUGCAUGUGCUUAAAUUGUUGUCACAGAUAAGCCUAUGCAGUUUGCACAGGCUAAUAAUGGACAACAUUUUCCUCUUAAAGCAGAGCAUCAGCAUUGAUAACGAGUUGGCCCAGCAACCGCACCAGUCCCGCCUGCAGAAGCCCCAGUCCAGAAUGACCCUCCCCCUCCAUUGACUUCUAACUCCUUCCCCUUGACCUCCUGCCUCAAAAAGUCAGCAUCGUUGAACAACUCUGUUCUGCAGGAAAUUCUGAGCAUGAUUCUGUUCUGACAAAACGCAAUGCCCACUUUACGUUUUCCAAACAAAAGCCUGGGUAGUUUUGUUAAGCUAGAGUUCCGCGUGGGCCUGAAAGGGACGAGUGUUACAGACAUGAAAAUUUAUAGCAGUAGUUAUGGUAACGCUAACAGUCAGUUGUUGCUGUUGGACAUCACAACAAAUAUCAUGAAGAAUAAAAAGUUCAAUCACUUGUUCCAAUCUUUAUGGGACAAACAGAAAUUAAACAGGAGAGAAUCAAGGAACAAUAAAAGCGUAAGCUUUCCUAGUGGUAUACAUCUGCUGUUGAUAGUUUGGACAACAGAAGGGUUACGGACUGCCCCAGAUUGUCCUCUCAGCGAAAACAUGCUGACACAGAAAGGCAGUUAUGACUUGGCUGUAAACACAGAGCACAAUACAUCCAUGCUGACACAGAAAGGCAGUAAUGACUUGGCUGUAAACACAGAGCACAAUACAUCCAUGCUGACACAGAAAGGCAGUAAAGACUUAGAUGUAAACACCCAGAGCACAAUACAUCCAUGCUGACACAGAAAGGCAGUAAAGACUUGGAUGUAAACACCCAGAGCACAAUACAUCCAUGCUGACACAGAAAGGCAGUAAUGACUUGGUUGUAAACACAGAGCACAAUACAUCCAUGCUGACACAGAAAGGCAGUAAUGACUUGGUUGUGAACACAGAGCACAAUACAUCCUUGUAUGACUUGGUUGUGAACACCCUGAGUACCCUACAUGCAUGCUUACACAGAAAGGCAGUAAUGACUUGGUUGUAAACACCCAGAGCACAAUACAUCCAUGCUGACACAGAAAGGCGGUAAUAACUUGGUUGUAAACACCCGGAGCACAAUACAUCCAUGCUGACACAGAAAGGCAGUAAAGACUUGGUUGUAAACACCCAGAGCACAAUACAUCCAUGCUGACACAAAAAGGCAGUAAAGACUUUGUUGUAAACACUAAGAGAUCCAUACACCCAUGGGGUGUGCCACAGCCGCAAAUUACGCCCACUAUUGUGAACAAGGUUCUUAAAGUGAACACGUCUGGUUUUGUUAUGCGCACAUAGCACUCCAAGCCCAAAAGGACUCGCAUUGAAUUGAUGCAAGAGAAGGCUUUGAAAAAUAACAGCAGUUUUGUUGAGUGGUCCAAUACGCCCUUCGACUCUCAAACUGAAGAAAGCAAAACUCAAACUCGUCUCUUAGCAAUAUCAGCAAGGCCAGCAUGUCAUCUCAGCUUCUUGAACUUCAGUGAACUUUACUAGCAAACAUGACUAACGUCAUUGAAGUGAAAGUCGAUGACAACCCCCUUCUUGCACAAAUACUACAAUUGCUUAAGAAAUUCAGCACGGAGACGUCUUGCGUCAGACUACCAAGCCUCCUAUCAAUAUCUUCUCCCAUGUUGGCUACAUCAACACUUCCAACAGCAGAGCCUUGGUGAGUUCGACUUCCGUCUCGGCAUUGAUGUCGCUUAGCAACAAUUGGAUGAUUGCGUCGACAAAUUAGGCCGGACAAGUUGCUCGAACUGAAACGAUCUGAUUCAACAGGUAGAGCAGGCGUUGCCUGACACGUCCGUUAAUGUGACUGACCACGAUAUGUUGUUCUCGAAAAAUGUGAACCUUAGGCCUGGAGAGCAGUAUGCGAUUGACGCCAUUAAACAGUUGUUGUCGGCAAUUCUUGGGUUUGGGGUGGCGACUUCGGCGUCGGGACUCACUCCAUCUCUGUCUAUGGCCCAGUCGCAGCAGCAGCAACAAGAACAAUAAGUAGUAUCUUAGCGGUGUUCUGCGAUUUGGGGAUUCAUGUAUGUGCUUAAAUUGUCAUCCCAGAUUAGCCUAUGCAGACUGCACAUACAUUAAGUCCUAUUAAAGUGUCAUCCCAGAUUAGCCUGUGCAGACUGCACAUACAUUAAGUCCUAUUAAAGUGUCAUCCCAGAUUAGCCUGUGCAGACUGCACAUACAUUAAGUCCUAUUAAAUUGUCAUCCCAGAUUAGCCUGUGCAGAUUGCACAUACAUUAAGUCCUAUUAAAUUGUCAUCCCAGAUUAGCCUAUGCAGACUGCACAUACAUUAAGUCCUAUUAAAUUGUCAUCCCAGAUUAGCCUAUGCAGACUGCACAUACAUUAAGUCCUAUUAAAGUGUCAUCCCAGAUUAGCCUGUGCAGACUGCACAUACAUUAAGUCCUAUUAAAGUGUCAUCCCAGAUUAGCCUGUGCAGACUGCACAUACAUUAAGCCGUAUAAAAGUGUCAUCCCAUAUUAGCCUGUGCAGACUGCACAUACAUAAAAACCUAUUAAAUUGUCAUCUCAGAUUAUCCUGUGCAGACUGCACAUACAUUAAGUCCUAUAAAAGUGUCAUCCCAGAUUAGCCUGUGCAGACUGCACAUUCAUUUAGCCCUAUUUUCCCAGAAUGAGGCUUAUAUACUACACUUAACAUCAGUAUUUUAUGUGCCUGAAAAGUUCCUAGCAUCAAAUGGGAAUAAUGUGCUUUUACAUUGAUCACACUUAGUAAAUACAAUGCAAAUAGCACUUGAUCUGAUAUCAAUUUUAAUCAUAGAAGGUCAGGGCAUUAAUUUUUGUUUAUUUUCGACCGACAUUCAGCCCCUGAACCAAAAGUUAAUCCUUGCAUACAAAUCAGCUUUAAUAUAAUUUUUAAAUUAUAUUUAAUUUUAGUAAAAUAAUUACGUAAAAGCCUUCAGCUCAUUUUAAAAUUAUUUUCUUCAUGUAUUUUCAAUAUUUAUUUAAAUUCUUGGAUUUUGUUUUGAUAGCCUGUUCCUACAGGAACCCAUGCAAUCAUAGAUCGGUACCUAGCUGAACAACAGGCUGUCUGGUCAGCUGGGCCCAGACGCCCAGUGACACUUCCUGGCCCAGGACCUUGGGGCAAAUGCUCAACUAGUCUUACCUGCAGGGUGGAGCCACUCUGAACCUGGGGCUCCAUACUUUCUUGGCCAGCGGCCAAGAUUACCUUGUCAAUGAGAAACCGGGAUAGCAAGGCGUUGAGUUUGUUCUUGAAGCAUUUGCACCAGAAGCAGUCAUCAUCUUGAUAUUCUGGAAUCUCCAUGGUGAAGGACGACCUCAGUCUGUGAACAAAAUGCAGAGCUAACCUCAGAUGCCUUUUGACGAAAUCAAACCAUCCGAUCAGAAACACAGACUGUUGCAGCAGUUGUUACCAUAUUGACCGCAGUCAAACCUAAGAAGCUCAGAGAUAAAUACUGAUUUAGUUCUGCUAGUCUCUGCAUACCGCCUGGUUUGGUCAGCACUUACUCUGACUCUUUGAAUAUUAUGACGGAUGGAAAUGAAUGACCUUGUUCAGAUCGAAAUGGCAGAAUGACACAUCACAAUAAUUCAAGUGGAAAGCCAGAAAGUCAUGUCAACAGCCACAUUUUGUAUGUCACCAGCCAAGUUGUAUUCAAAGACAAACAAUAGUUUAUGCUCUAUUGUGUAUGUGACCAGCCAAGUUGUAUUCAACGAAAAACAAUAGUUUACGUUUUAUUUUUUAUGUGACCUACCAAGUUGUUUGUAUAGGUCCCUGGUUUAGCAAAGCAUUUAAAGUAUUUUCAAAAGCACACAUAUUGCAUGUCAAUUCAAUGUCUUUGCCUGUAUUAUGAAACUUUCACUACAAAUGUUGAUCCUCAUGAUGGUAAAUAAAUGGGAAAUACAAUGUUAUCAAAGAUUUGUUAAGAUUGCCAAAGCUGUUUAAAUGAUGCUGGUAACUUGAACAAGAUUGAAAAAAACAUUGGAGUGUUUUCAUGUUAUAAGACAUGUUUCAGUUGUCUGUUUUUAACCCGUUAAUAUAGAUUAGCUAAUGAAAAGUAUUUGUUCAGAAAGGUGUAAAAUGUUUACGCUUCAGAUUUUUGUCAAUCAACCUUAUGAAAACAAUACUAGUCAAUUGGCUCAUUCGGGUCGGUAUUCUAUCAUGAAUCUUUUUUAGUAGCAUACUAUGUAUUUCAUGGGAAUAUAAAUAAAUUCUGGGCAAAAUUAUUUAAUCUACCUGAAAUAAUCGAUUCUGUAUUUACUACUAGUACUUUAAUGAUUUCAAUGGAUAGUGUUUGUUAAAUGAUUAGAGUAUGACUCUUGUUGAAAAGCUUUAAAUGAAACUGUGAAUUAAAAUAGAAAUAUUAAAUUUGUUUUACAGUUUUAUGAAAAAUGGCAAAAUAUUGUUAAGUUGUGUUGUUUUAUCAUAUACUAACAUGGUCAUAAGUGUUAAAAUUUGUUUUUGGACAUAAUAGUUUAUUAUGCUUUAAAUUUGUAUAUGUACAUAACGACGACAAGAUUGUAUCCUCUUUAAUCAGUGAGCAACUUAAUCAAGAUAUCUUGAUCACUGUAUCAAGUGUAUAUUUUGCCAUUUAUACAUAGAGCAACUGUAAAACAAUUGUAUUUUAAAUGUAAUGUAUCCAUGUAUUGUUGCCAUUUUUAUUAGAUAAACUCACUGUUAACAUUAAUUUGUACAAACUAUUGUUAUAAAAAACAUUUCUUGUUUCAAUGCUAAAAUAUGUAUUAAACUGUUAAAAUAAUGCACAGUAACAACUUCUGAAGAGAAAAAUAUACUUAAGGCAAUAGAAACACAUUGUUAUAUGAAAUGCUUUUUAUUAAGAACACCUACUUAAAAUUUGUUUAAUUUUGUUUAACAUUAUCCGACGAAAAAAUAGUACCUUGUAAUUUGAAAUCAGUCAAUGAAAAAAAAGGGAGUGUUGCCAUAUGCUAACAAUAGUCAAGAAGUGCAAAUGCCUUUAUGGUUAAUACAACAGAGCAAUACAAUUUGCUUAAACUAGAGCACCACAUAAAGGGUGCCAUGCUCGGCUACGGGUGCAGUUUUGAAUAAAUGAAAGCUUGACAUAAUUUAUUUGAGAGGUCACAGUGACUUGACCAUUGACCUAGUGACCCCAAAAUAGGUGUGGUGUGUAGAACUCAUCAAUGUGCAUCUACAUAUGAAGUUUGAAAGUUGUAGUUGGAAGCACUUUGAUUUUAGAGCCAAUGUUAAGGUUUAAGCACAACACGGACGGCGGACGACACAACGAACUGGCUAUGACAUUACCUCGGGUUUUCUCCGAAAAUACCCAGCUAAAAAUAAAAACAAAGAUGUCUGUUUUGCAAAUUUUUUUAACACUUAUGAAUGUGCUUAUAUUAAACGUGAACAGUAUUGACAUAUUGCUUAUGAUAAAGUUUGACAUUUUAUUAGUUUUGUAACAGCGUGUUUGACCUUUCAAAUUGACCCUCCCACAAUCCCUUAUUCGCUUUCAGUGGGGCCAGUUUCUGUACAUCUUCCACUACAAGUUCAGCAAAUGUUUUAUGACCAGAUUUCCUCAUAUUUGGGAAUGUUUAUAUUUAACUUUUAUUGAAUGCAUGAAACAUGUUUGUUCUGUUUUUGAAAAGCUGAAAAUAGCUUGAUGUUUGUAAAUUGUGAGACAUGUUAGAUCAAAUUGAUAUAUAGAAAAAAAUACAUUUUGCAUUAACUUGUAUUGGUAGCUAAACAACACAUGUUUCCAAAUACAAAUUUAAGUAUUUGGUAUAAAUAUAAUUGUGCUAUAUUUGUCAUAUCGGAUGAAAUGCAAUUUUAAUUAUAAUGUGUUUAUAUGUUCGUAUACUCCAAAUAAUCAUUUUAAAUAAGUAAAUAUAAGUAAAUAUAGGGUAAUCAUGUCUAUGGAAAGUAUCCGUAGGCAUGUUUUAAUUGCUUGUGUACCUCAUAUGGAUCAGGGUCUUUCUAAAUUAUUGCAUGAUUGUUAAUGCCUAUUAAUGUCUGAUUGUGUAAAUAUCUUCAAAGAUACUUGUUAAGAGGAUUUUAAUAUUAAAAGAUAAACUAGCAUCUUAACUAUAACCGGGCAUCUUUUGCAUUUAUUUUAACGUGUUUAUAUUGUUUGGCUUACCGAGUUUAAUAUUGUCUAUAUAUUCGUGCGUAAUUUUAUUGUGGUUGUUUUUUUAAGACAAAGCGCAUAUCACUAAUGCUGUUGUUUUUGUUUUAUGAUAUAUGUAAAUAAUUAAACAUGUUUAUUUUGGUGAUAUGUAUUUCCCAAUCUAAGUGUAAUGUUGCAUUCUCAAUAAAGUACAUUGUUAUACACGUGGAAUAGUAUUGCUAAGUGACAAUUUGUUGUCUUUACAAAUAAAAACCGCAAGGAUUGUCGUAUCAAUUUUAUAGCUUUCCCCUAUUGAACUGGUGUAAAAACGUGACCGUGAGCUCAUUUUGUUUAAUGUUAACUGCCAAUAUAUAUAUAUAUAUAUAUAUAUAUAGAAAGAAAUUGUUCAAACAGUGUAAAAAAUGUGUAUCUUAUACCCUAGCGCUUUUGACUACACGUCUUCUUCAGGGGUGUAUACAGAUAUGAGUUAACGAUUCCCCAGUGCGAAUGCACAAUAGAGGUUAACUUAUUGGCUUUCAGUCUUGUUUUUUUUAGUUAUGUGUCGUUUUAUUUUUUAUGCCCCCCUUCGAAGAAGAGGGGGUAUAUUGCUUUGCUCAUGUCGGUCGGUCGGUCUGUCGGUCCGUCCACCAGGUGGUUGUCAGAUGAUAACUCAAGAACGCUUGGGCCUAGGAUCAUGAAACUUCAUAGGUACAUUGAUCAUGACUCGCAGAUGACCCCUAUUGAUUAUGAGGUCACUAGGUCAAAGGUCAAGGUCACGGUGACCCGAAAUAGUCAAAUGGUUUCCAGAUGAUAACUCAAGUACGCUUAUGCCUAGGAUCAUGAAACUUGAUAGGUAGAUUGAUCAUGACUCGCAGAUGAUCCCUAUUGAUUUUCAGGUCACAAGGUCAAGGUCACGGUGACCCGAAAUAGAAAAAAUGGUUUCUGGAUGACAACUCAAGAACGCUUAGGCGUAGGAUCAUGAAACUUGAUAGGUAGAUUGAUCAUGACUUGCAGAUGACCCCUAUUGAUUUUCAGGUCACUAGGUCAAAGGUCAAGGUCACGGUGACCCGAAAUAGUAAAAUGGUUUCCGGAUGAUAACUCAAGAAUGCUUAGGCCUAGGAUCAUGAAACUUCAUAGGUAAAUUGAUCAUGACUCGCAGAUGACCCCUAUUGAUUUUCAGGUCAAAGGUCAAGGUCACGGUGACCCGAAAUAGUAAAAUGGUUUCAGGAUGAUAACUCAAGAACGCUUAUGGCUAGGAUCAUGAAACUUCAUAGGUACAUUAAUCAUGACUGGCAGAUAACCCCUAUUAAUUUUGAGGUCACUAGGUCAAAGGUCAAAGUCACGGUGACCCGAAAUAGUAAAAUGGUUUCCCGAUGAUAACUCAAGAACGCUUAUGGCUAGGAUCAUGAAACUUCAUAGGUACAUUGAUCAUGACUCGAAGAUGACCCCUAUUGAUUUUCAGGUCACUAGGUCAAAGGUCAAGGUCACUGUGACAAAAAACAUAUUCACACAAUGGCUGUCACUACAACUGCGAGCCCGUAUGUGGGGCAUGCAUGUUUUACAAACAGCCCUUGUUUAUUUAUAUAUUUAUGCAUAUUAAAAUUGUGUUAUAGACUGACGCCCGUAAUAUAAAUUAUAUCGAUGUUAUAAUGAAAAAUAUUAUAAUUUGCAGUGAACGUUUUGCAUUCAGUAUUGUGUCAUAUUUAUUCUUCGUUUUAUUAUUAUGUACAUACACUUAUUAAAAUUGUGUGUUAUAAAAUGGCGCUUACAAUGUUUAUUAUAUCGAUUUAACAUUUAAAUGAUUAAAAUGGAAGUUAGAAUUUA